ACCGCUCCGGAUUUAAGGCGACCCUCGUCGGGGUUUCACAGGAGGCAAGGGUUCCCGGAGGGGUUCAAACGAGGAUGUAACCACUUCGCCCGCUGCACCGCAGUAGGACUCUCACGACUGGGACUUUUUUCAGAGCAAACCUGCCAGCAAGGGGAUCUGGUCCUGUCCAGCUCAACAACAACAACAACAACAACAACAACAAUAAUAAUAAUAAUAAUAAUAUAGCAAGUCCGAGGUUGCGGGCGGAGGAAACUUGCUCCCCACGGAGGGAGAGGCGAGAGCGGAGAGCGCGUUCCCUUUAAGAGGCCGGGUUCCCUCGCUCUGACGUCAGGGCCUUUCUGCACCAGAGAGCCCAACACCUGAGCACCCACUCCGGCAGCAGGAGGGGUGACCGAGAAGCGAGUCGCGUCGGAAGGUUCGGUCCCGCGCCCAGCAUCCUUCCCUCGCGGCGGCGUUCCGGGCGGGCGUGAUCCAGCGGCCGAGAUGUCUGUGGCGGGCCUGAAGAAGCAGUUCCACAAAGCCACGCAGAAAGUGAGUGAGAAGGUUGGUGGAGCAGAAGGAACCAAGCUAGAUGAAGAUUUCAAAGAAAUGGAACGGAAAGUGGAUGUCACCAGCAGAGCUGUGAUGGAGAUAAUGACCAAAACAAUAGAAUACCUUCAACCUAACCCAGCUUCAAGAGCCAAGCUCAGCAUGCUCAACACAAUGUCCAAAAUUAGAGGGCAGGAAAAAGGACCAGGUUACCCACAAGCAGAGGCUCUUCUAGCAGAAGCAAUGCUGAAGUUUGGAAGAGAACUUGGGGAUGACUGCAACUUUG